UGAGACUCAUGUUACUAUGGUAACGGAAUAAACACGGUUCAGCGCGAGGUGAGUGACAAAGAAAACCUGUUCAAAUCAACAUAUUGAAGUAAAUUAUUUUUUAAUUCAUGAAGUUUUUGUUUAAAACUGUAUGACUCAAGUUUCUUUUUGGUGCAAGUAACGUAUUGUUAGUUUAGUAUAAAGCAGGCUAAAGUAGCUUACUCGCCGUUGAUUUGACCGAAUUAAUUUUUACGUCAUAAGGUUUAUUUUAACACGUGAAAAGUCAAUCAACAACGUAACCAAGACAGCAGAAUAAUGUCAAGCUCUGAUGAAGAUGAGAUGUUGAAAGCAGGGUCUGAGGAAGAAGAGGUUGAGAAAAAGGAGAUUUCAAGACAAGAGGAUCAGCUUGAAUCCUGUCCACUAACCCAGGACAUGAUGGCGAAAAGCUUGUCCUUAUUGUGUCGCACAGGGAAUGGUCUGUCUCAUGCCUAUGUCAGACUUGACCUUAAAAGCAAGGGUCUGACAGACCUGGCCUUGAUCAGCCCCUUCAUCCAUCUGCGCUACUUGGACUUCUCCUUCAAUCGUUUGUCAGACUUCUCUCCAUUGGCCGACCUCACUCAGCUGCUGUGGGUGAAGGGAGACGGUAACCUGCUUCAGAGCUUCGAGGGUCAGCCGUUUGGUCAGCUCACUUACCUAUAGUGGCUCAGCUUUGCCAACAACCGCCUAAUUGAUGUUAAGGGCAUUGGAGGCCCAGCACUGGAAACCCUCAAUUUCACUGGUAAUGGUAUCCAGACCAUGCAGGGACUGGAAUAUCACAAUCUAACUAAUCUGGUGACUCUCGAGCUCAGAGGAAAUUGUUUGGAGACUACAGACGGCAUUUACCUGCCCAAUUUACGCAACUUGUAUCUGGCUCAGAACAACCUAAAGCGACUGAAGGGUCUGGAGAAGCUUGAGCAUCUCAAAACCCUUCACCUCAGAGAUAACCAGUUAGAGACACUAGAUGGACUCAGCCCUAACAUGAAAUGUCUCCAGUAUCUUAACGUCAGGGGUAACCUUAUAUCUUCUAUGAGGGCUUUGCGAAAUCUAGUGAGUGUUGGGCAAACACUGAAGGCCCUUGUGCUCUUGGAGAACCCUUUAGCGAAGACUGACGAUUACAGGAUGUAUGUGAUCUCACAUCUGUCCGAGCUCGAGAGACUGGACAAGGAUCCCAUCACAGCUGAAGAGAAGUCUGCGGCCCAGGAGAAGGAAUUUAAUGAUGAAUAUGCUGAAGAUCAAGAGGAUAACUAAAUAGGCUGUGCUACAUUGAAAUGUACUUGUAAAUAUAAUUUUAUAUUCAAUAAAGUUUACUAUAAAAAUGGUUUCCUUUCAUGCA